AUGGGCGAGAAUGGUACACAACUGCUCCAGCGGAGGGUGGACGAACGAGUCCGCGACCACAAAGGGAAGCGAAAGGCAGCAUUUGCAGUUAAGUUUUGCAAGCUACCUCUUCCAACGUUAUAUAAGAAUGACAAACUGGUGCAAAUUCUGUCAUCCAAUGAUCUGACAGAGGAACAGUUGCGGGUGUUAAGGCAUGAAGCUUCAUUCAAGACAGCUGAUGCUAGACCUGCUAGCAUGAUUGCUGCAAUUGAAUCAAUUCUCAGCCAAACAGAAGCGACGGACGAAACGAAGAACCUUAUACGGCACCAGGUGUCGUCCCUCCUAAUGGCAUACCGACCACGCGAGGCUCUCUCUAAGGUCGAACCUAAGGCACUUAAAGAACUCAGAGCCGACAAUGACCUCGUUAUCGUGCCGGCGGACAAGUGGUGUUCCACUGCCGCACUGGAAAGGACAAACUACAUUCAAAAAGCUCAAACUCUGUUAGCCGAUCGUCAGUCCUAUGUCCCAUGCAAAUCCAACUCCAUAAAAAAGCUGAAACGCGAAAUCAACACAACGCAGUUGGCAAUGGAGAACUCGGUCGUCAAACGCCACUCUCCCGAGAUUUUCAAGACAGUGGAGGACUGCUGCUCCCUGACCCAGGUUUCGCUGCAAUUCCAGAAUUCCGGCGUUAACCGGUUCAAGGCAACUUUCUGCAUGUCGUCUCAGCGUGGGUGA